UCUGUGUGGGUUCUCUGGGGAACCCAUCUCCUGGCACUCAGAAGGGCAUAGCACCAGCAGCUGUAAAGCACUUGGGAGAAGGGGCUCUUUGAAACACACUAGGACCGGGCCGGAGAGGUCAGGCCUCAAGGAGACUGGGUACAAGCACUGAGGGGCGCGGCAGGAAGUGCUGCGGUUGCCCCGGGAGGAACAGAGCUGCGGGAACUGGGAGAACCUGCCAAGAAGCCUGCAGAGAGGUCUAGCCUGGAUCUGGAGGGGACGGCACGGAGGAGUUUUUGUGUGUCCAGCCAUGCUGGCAGUCCUGGGCUGCCUGGUUUCCGCGCUCUGGGCAGGACUCCAUCUCCGGACUCUGCUGCUGGCUGCCAUCACCUUCUUGUUCCUUGCUGACUUUCUCAAAAGCCGGCGCCCAAAGAGCUACCCUCCAGGACCCCGGCGCCUGCCUUUCGUGGGAAACUUGUUCCAGUUGGACUUUGAGCAGUCUCACCUUUCCAUUCAACAGUUUGUGAAGAAAUACGGGAAUGUGUUCAGCCUGGACUUCGGUGGCAUAUCUUCAGUGGUUGUAACUGGACUUCCCCUAAUCAAAGAAGUCUUCACUCAUAUGGAUGAAAACUUUUUGAAUCGCCCCGUCACCUUUAUCCGAGAACGUAUCUUUAAUAACAGUGGAUUGAUCAUGUCCAAUGGCCAGACGUGGAAGGAGCAAAGACGGUUCGCCCUGAUGACACUGAGGAGCUUUGGGUUAGGAAAGAAGAGCUUAGAGCAGCGCAUUCAGGAGGAGGCCCACUAUCUUGUGGAGGCCAUAGGAGAGGAGAAAGGACAGCCUUUUAACCCUCAUUUCAAGAUCAAUAAUGCCGUUUCCAAUAUCAUUUGCUCAUUCACCUUUGGGGAGCGCUUUGAUUACCACGACAGUCAGUUUCAGGAGCUGCUGCGGUUACUGGAUGAGACUGUAUGUUUGGAGGCCUCAAUGAUAUGCCAGCUCUACAAUGCCUGUUCAUGGAUCAUGAAAUAUCUUCCUGGACCCCAUCAAACAAUUUUCACAAACUGGGAAAAACUGAAAUCCUUUGUUUCUCAUAUGAUCGACGAUCACCGGAGAGAUUGGAAUCCUGAUGAGCCAAGGGACUUCAUUGACGCUUUCCUCAAAGAAAUGACAAAGAACCCAGACAAGACCACUACAAGCUUCAAUGAAGAAAACCUCAUCUGCAGCACACUGGACCUCUUCUUUGCUGGAACAGAGACAACAUCGACUACACUGCGUUGGGCUCUGCUGUACCUGGCCCUCUACCCAGAAGUCCAAGAAAAAGCACAGGAUGAGAUUGACAGAGUGAUUGGUCAGGGGAGACAGCCCAGCCUGGGCGACAGAGAGUCCAUGCCCUACACCAAUGCUGUCAUCCAUGAGGUGCAGAGAAUGGGCAACAUCAUCCCCUUGAAUGUUCCCAGGGAAGUGAUAGCUGAUACUACACUGGCUGGUUUCCACUUGCCAAAGGGGACUGCAGUCCUGACCAAUUUGACUGCACUGCACAGAGACCCCAAGCAGUGGGCCACCCCGGACACCUUUAAUCCAGAACAUUUUUUGGAGAAUGGACAGUUCAAGAAGAGAGAAUCUUUUCUACCAUUCUCAAUGGGAAAGCGAGCUUGCCUUGGAGAACAGUUGGCCAGGUCUGAGCUCUUCAUUUUCUUCACUGCCCUUGUGCAAAAAUUUACCUUCAAGCCCCCAGUCAAUGAGAAACUGAGCCUGAAGUUCAGAAUGGGCCUCACCGUCUCCCCAGUCAGCCACCACAUCUGCGCUGUCCCUAGGCUGUGAUGUUGGAGAAGGAAAGAGAAAGGACAGCAAGAAGAAAUGUCGCAUGCCCUGCAGCCAUGGUGCUCGCUCACAUGAGAGGGGAGUGAAGUCACAGAAUGAAGGUGACCCAGGAAAGAUGAGAAGAUUAGACUAAGGAAAUACAAUUCCUGGACUGCAUGGACCCCCAAGUUGGUAAUGGGAAAAUCAUUUAUGCACUCAGUGAUACACCUUAUUUCAUCUAAGAGUUGUAAAGAGAGUAGUCAUUUCUCUCAUAAAGAAAGUUUAUUUAAAGAUGAAAUGAACUGAAAAUACAGUAGAAAUCCUAAGUCUCAUCAUACAAUUUAUACCUUCAUUUUGCCUCAUCCGUCCUUCUGUAGACAUGCAUUUGCUUCUGGCGUGCUGAAAAACAGUUCAUUUGGAAGUGGUACAAAGAGACAGGAUGUAGAGUUGGGUCCUGAGGACAGACAAGAUGGCCAAGAUGGCCAUAAAGACUCUCCCAUUUCUGCAUUAUCUUGCUCUGCCUGGGAGUGGUCCUCCUGGAAGUCAGCAGGGCAGGGAUGAUUCCCUAGACACAGACAGACUAAUCUGGUGGUGUUAAGGCAGCUUCUAUGAUUUCCAUAUGGUGGCUUGAUCUUGAUCUUAGAUCCAGAGCCAAGUAUCGUGUGAUUACAAAUAACUGAAUACUGAAAGCAGGUUUGGAGAACAAAUGGUAAAGAUUUGUCUGUCUCUAAGAACCUGAGUCAAUCUGUAGCAUCUGGGGCUGUUGAGCAUUCUCUACCUGUAGGUCCUUGACACUGGGAGCUCAAAUCAUAGGGCAGUGAGGGCUGUUGCCACCACGGUGGUGUGUUAUCAGAAUGGGAUCAAAGAUUGCCAUUGUCUAGGGGUUGUGGUUGGGUUCAUUUUCUCAGCCAAUUAAAGGCAGGAAAAUCUCAGAUCAGUAGAGAACAAGAGACAAAUUUUUACUAAAAAAUGAAGAUUCACACACAUAUAGACAUUCACCCAGAAAGAAAAGCUCUCCACAAGUGGAGAGGAGAUUCAGAAAAUGAAAAUCCAAGUCCCCCCAAGGAAAACCUUGGUUGUUAAUGGCUUCUCCUUCUCUAAUUUUGGAUUGGCCAACUUAACCACAUAUGAGAAAGCUGAUAGGUUAUGGCUUCAAAUGAGGAGGUGUCCAGGUCAGGCCUUGGUCUUAUCUGAACUUGUUUGUACUAGUCAGCCAAAAAGGCAACCCUGCUAGCUAGAGGGUGGGCCUCCAGGCUUUUGUUCCAGACCAAAAAAAAGCAGAAGCAUGUCAUCUUUAUUAUUUGUCAGUUGCCCUUUUCCUAUAUAUCUGUAUGUCCAAAAAUAUGAGUACCGCCUGGUCCCUCACUGCACUCUUUCCUUGUUGUGGUGUGUUCAGUAAGUUUGUGAUCUGAUUUCCCUGAUAUGAUUUUAAUAAGUCCAUGUAUCCUUAAAAUCUCAAUUAACCCAGAUAAAUUUCUAGAUUGGUACUUGUUCUGUCUACAACCAGGAAUUUUACUCACUAAACUGUGAUGUCUGGGUUGUGGUAGAUAGAUGGAGCUGUUCAUGUGUCCAGCCAAGUGCAUAGUCAUCUAUCCUCAAAAUGGAAUCCAAAACUGCUUGCAAACUGGAAUCUCUCAGGGAAAGGCACCGUCUGAAAAGCCAUUAUUUCAUGUGAUAUGGAGAACUUAGAGAAGGACACAAUGCACUCUCUACAUACUAAAUAUAAUAUAUCUAAAAAUACUGGGGUCUAACCCUUACCCCACGAAUACAGUGGGAUCCAGGGCCAAGUAUCCUGUAACCAAAAUGAACAAAACUUUGGGGAGUAGCUGACUGUGAGUCUUGAUGGAAAUUUCUACUGAUAAAACAUGCCCCCCCCUUUUUUCUUAAAGUGCCUUGUAAGUGCUAUAAUGAGUCUCCGUCCCAUCUAAGAAUUACACAAAGAUUUUGUGAGUGUAACUUAUAACCAUUAUUCCUCACAUAGUUUGGACAUUCUGGUACCCCUUCCCCUCUUCUUUUCUGCCUGAUACCUAAAAUAUAAGCCAUAUGACAAGUUCUUUGGCAUUGUGGACAGGAAGAGGAUUUUUACUAAAGAUAUUUCAGGAUGUGAAUCUUCUCUCACCCCAUCCCAUGAAGACACAUAGGCACAGGAAUGCUGCGGUGAACAUUUAAAUUAAACAGAGGAGAAUGGCACACAAAUGUCCUAAGUCUUAAGGACCUGUGUCUGGCUGGAAAUAGCUGGACUGCAUGCAUCAAGGGAAGAUUCAGGAUAUGACAGACCUGAAGUCUAGCCUAGGAACUAAGCAGCAGAGAUGGCUUCCUGAGAGAGGGAGUGGCUCAGUCAGAACCGGAAACUAAAGAACUCUACUCCUGGUACCCAGUCUUUGUCCCCUUGAAGUCACCCAAGCAUAGGGAUACAACUUUUAUGCUAAGUUCCAAACGCUUAAGGUGAAGAAUUUUAUAAUGAUAAGCCCAGGGACAGCCACAUGGUUCAUGUGACUUGAUGAAGACACUUAAAUCUUUAACUUUCUGUUUCUUUCCUCAAAAAUGGUGUGUAACAACACAGAUCUCACCAUCUGAUUGGAUAGAAUUCCAAAGUAUAAAUUCCUGUCUUGUAACACAUUUGAUGGCACAGAGCUCAAUAAAAAGUAAGGCAAAUGUUAUGUUAUUACCACCAUUCCUUUUACACGAACUUCCCAAGGAGCCAUAGAGAAAAGUCUAUGUCAUCCAUGCCAGAUAGAGAUGGCAACAACAGAUCACAGACAACUCAACAUGGUGAACCAAUAAGUUUAUUGGUGUUACUUCCAUAAGCAAGGGUGACUGGGAGAGAGCUCAGAGAGAGUUGUACUGCCAGUAAGUUCCCUGCUUAAUUUUCAGGCAUCUCUAGAACAACUGAAGGAUCUCUUACCCCAUCCAAACCCCAGCAAUUACUGUUAGAUAACAUUAGGAACCGACCAUGUGAGCCAACUGAGUCUUCCCUACCUCCGUGAACUGAUGUCAGUAGCCUAUCCACUAAGGAUCUCAUGUAGGUAAUCACAGAUCUCUGACUCAGCACUGCAAUUUUCCUGUAAUCCUGGAGAGAGCAGACAGACAUAUUAUAGCAUCCAACCCCAAAUACACUAGAGUCUAUUUCUUUCUUGAUUCCUAAUGAAAUUCCAACCAAUGACCUCCAGUAUUCUGUUCAUUUUAAUAUAGCAUAUGUUUUUCUUAAUAAUCCUUCCUAGCACUCAAUUUGGUCAUUAUAAUUUACAGCUAAAUAGAUUUAUAAUUGCAUGAUUUCCUAGGUUAGUUCAUUCGUCAGCCCAGGUUGGGUGGGCAUGGCUUCCAUAAACUCCUAUCCCUACAACAUGCACUUGCUCAUUCAUGACAACCUGCCUCUUUAGCUUCUCGACACCAAUCUACCACCUCAUCAGCAGCACCUUGACCUGUGCAGUGUUUGCCGUUUCAGUUCAAGUCAUGUAUCGUUACUGGGCAUCUGCCAGUUCAACUCCUCUACAGGCCACACUAACCCUCUAGGAAGUUUCCUGUUGGGAUGCAGGAUAUCCCUGUGUUGCCUGAGCCCAGAGGAUCACAUUGAAUCUCACACCCUGGUCACAUAUUGAAGGGCCAUGCAGCAUGUUCUAGAGAUGAACUCUUCAGCUGUCGCUGCCAGACUUGCACAGACUUCUGCCAACAUGCAGUUUCAAUUCCCUGUGUGUCACUGAUUCUUGGCUCCACAGAGACUUUCAAAGCACAUGGAAGUCUCUCAUCAGGUGAGGGGGAAUCCAUAGCUCUCCGCUACUUCACAAGAGAUGAGUAGGACAUGAAAAGGUCCCUCCUGUUAAAGCCAGAGUAGAGAUGCAGUUAAAGUGAGACAUGAUAGGUAAAUCAAGGCAAAAUCAGGAGAAAGUAUCAUCACACAGAAAAGAACUCCAGGAGAUAGAGUUUAUUGGCAGGAAAAACACAAAGGACAGUUCCCUGUUGAAGAUAGAGGAGCUGAUGGUUUACAAGUUGUUGGCUGGGGGUUUUAUAGGGGGUUUUGGGGGAUGUAGAAGGCAGGAAAAUACUUUUUUCUUAAAGUUAGGCAGGAGAGAGAGAGAGAGAGCCCAGGGCUUAUAAGGAGAGAAUAGCCUUUGUCAAACCACUGCCUUCUGUCCCCUUCCAUCAGCCAGGAUCUAGGUCAUGGGAUAGGGGGUCUGUUUAUCUUCUAAGAUUAUCAAAGGGGGUGCAAGCUGUGCCAAAACAGCUCUUCUAGCAAUCAGGUCUCACGGGUCAAAGGUGUAGAGUCUGUUUAUCUUGUCUGCAGAUGGUCUGGGUGCUCAGUUCCUGUAUUUUCAGAGGGCUUGUAAAACCAUGAGAUCCUGUUGCACUGGAAAGGGGGUUGCUGCAGAUCUAUGCCCUAACAUUCCAGCCUUUUGUGUUAUAGGAUAGGGGGUGCUGUCAUUGUCUUGCUGCUGAACAUGGUUGACAUAGGGGAAGUUGGAUUAGGGGUCAGUCAGACAGCAGGGUUUCCACCUUAUGUAUUUGAACAGGGUCCUCAGUGGUCAACAGGUGCUCGUAUACAUGUGGAGGGAAUGAAAGUAACACCUGAUUAAAAUUAGUAUGCGUUAGUUGUUAAAUCCGGCCCUGAAAAUAUCUGAAGAGGCAAGGAGCAAUGGUUAGCACCUAAGUAAUAGAAAGCAGAGGGCCGAGUAAGGGCAGAAGCCAGGGAGUCAGUCCUGUAAAAAUAUUCCACUGAGGUGACUGUUGGUUCUGGGAAAUUGUAUGUGAAAGGUAAAAUCUUUUAGGGAUAAAAGCUCCCAAAUACUUUUAACAUUUUUGGCCUUUGGAACAGAGUACGUUACUAA